AUGUCAGAUGCGAAGUGGUGGCUGGACAUUCACAUGGUACAAAGAUACAAAGGAGAUGCUAAACCCACAGUCACGCUGACGCAGCAUCCUGAGCACAGUUUGAUGCACACUGAAGAUUCGGUCUCCUUCUGCUGUCACAUUAAUGUCUCCUCUGGAUGGGAAUACCAGUGGUACAAAGAUGGAAGACUACUUCAAGAGUCCAAAAACAAUCUCAGUAUUGAUUCUGUGAAAAGAAAAGACUCUGGAUCGUAUCACUGUGAAGUUAAAAGAGGAAAAGAUAGUGUAUUCAUAUCAGACAAAAGUGAAACGGUGACAUUUAAAGUUGAUGAGCGUCCACAAGCAAGUAUAACCCUGUUGACUGGAUGGACAGAGGUCUUCUCCACUGACAGCUUGGUGCUCGAGUGCGAAGUGAAGAACAGCACACACAUGUGGAACUACACGUGGUUCAAGGAGAAAACGUGGCUCGAUCAGACUCCCUCCAAGAAACAUACUGUCACGCCCGAAGAUGACCCUGAGCAGAGCCUCUACUCCUGCCAGGGGAUUCGCAAUGAGAGGCCAUCGUAUUCAGGAAAGAGCGAGUCCCUCAAGACCAAGAACCUUCUUUUAAAGAGGAGGAUUCUUCUGUCCAUCUCUGGCUGCCUCUUCUUUGGCAUCAUUAUUGUCUUCCUUGGAUGCAUUGCCCUUAGAGUUUUCCGCAAACCAGGUGAUGAUGUUGAGAAGGAAGAAGAACCCCCUCUGUUUCUUACCAUGGCUCAGUUGAAGGACUGUACCAAUGCAAUCAUUCCACUCACUGAUUACAUCACUGAUGCAGAUCUGAAUGCGCCACAAAAAGAGGGUGAGGAGGACGACACAAUUUGCAGUGAAACCACACCGUUACCAAUCUCCUCACAGGAGGACCAAGCUGCGAUCACCAACGGCCAUGAAACAACGGAAAACGGCGAUGCGAUGGUUUCCUUUAAACCCUGAGUUUCUGAUGGUCUCGCUUUCCUUGCUACCAACUUGUAAAGCCGUCAACAUUACUGCAAACAGAUAAUAUUUUAGAGAGGAAACUCUCAGCACUUAAUUCACUGACGAUUCUGA